GUUGCACCUUUAUUUGUCUUGAUGUUACAUUUUCUAUUUCUCUCUUGUCGCAGUGCUCUGGUGAGGUUUCAGCUCAAAAAGCACUUGGUUAUGGUUUGGAAAACAUCACGGUUUGGCUGAAAUUACCUGUUUCGUUCACCACGAUCACAGAUGAGAUCAUCCAACUUCCCAUAAAAAGUUUUGGUCACUCAAUUAAAAGCUGGAAUUGUCCCCAGGUGUCCUUACAGAUAUCCAGUCCACUCUGUACUUAGGUUUAGGUACAAAAACCUCUCUGUUCAUAGUUUGGAAAAUAAAUGUUUUGGCCUGUUUCUGUUGCCACAAACACAGCCUGAUAUUGUCCCGAUGAACAAAUAAAAAUUUCUGGUGGUUUUAGCACUUGUUAGCAAAUGUUUAAAUGCUGUCUAGAACUGUGGUGUCUUCUCACCGAGCUGUCACACCUCCACCAUCAAUGACACAUAAACGUAUCUGUAUAACGUUUUUUCUAGUAAAAGGCGACGGUUGAUAUGAAGCUACAGCUAGCGGUUGGUUAGCUUACCGUCACAGUUACACAGAGAGAACCCAACCCAGAAACACACAGGCAGAUAGUUCAACAAAAAGAAAGCUGAUUGUUUGAAAUCUAAAAAUAAAAAGGCAGGUGACAAAAAACUGGCAACAAAAAUGCAAGCACAAACACUGAGGACCAACCAGAAAACCACAGGGAACAAAUCAUGAACACAGAAAACACACAAAUAUAAACCAAACUAACGAGGGUAAUGAGGUGCAGGUGGAGCGACGCCAGGAACAGGGCAGUGCUGACGAGGCAGCUGUGAGACAGGUGUGGAGCACAGGAACACAGGUGAGCAGGAGGUGGAGAGUAACAACAAGAAACAAGAGGAUAAAACAACAAUAUUAAACAUGGAAUCAAAUAAACUAAAAGACCCAGACCAUGAGACUUAGCUUAGCAUUAAGACUGGAAACGAGUGGAAACAGUACGUGUGGCUCUUGACAAACUGACAAGGAGAUUAACCACAAUUCCCAAAACAUCCAUCUAAAACAGCAUGAAAUUACGUCAAACAAAUUCCAGUAAAAUAAGAUAAGAUAUGCAUAAUGAAGACAAACUAAUGCCUCUUUGCUGUAAUGAAUCUGCUGGCCACACGGCCUCCGCCCACGUUUAGCUUCCUCUCUCUUUUAGCCAAGCGGCAUUAUGCAUUUGGCUUCAAUUCAAGGAUUUAAAAAUACAGCGAGCACAAAUGUUUACUUUGGAAAAAAAAUCUCAAUACAAGGACGUGACUGUAAUCUGUGGAUCUGGAGACGCACAUACAUGCAAGUCCACAUUCAUGACAAAUACUGUGCUGCAGCGCUGGUAUCUCACCAGUUAUUGGACCAAAACAAUUAAGAUAAAAAAAACAAAACAAAAAACAGGCUGUUCGUCUUGAUCAGAACCAGAUUUGUGAGAUGACCGUGUAGCUUGGUGGGAAUUCCUAAACCCUCAGCCGCAGAAGUUGCAUCAGGACAAAACAUUGAGCAACUUGGCGAGAUGUGUGCAGGGUGGUGGGAGAAACAGCUGAGAUGUCAUCGUGGCUUGCCACCACGUGUUUUAGGUCAAGAAGCAAAAGAAACGUUUCUGAGAAGUAAGAGCCACUGCACAAGAUUCGUAUCAGAGGUCUGCAGGGAGAGGAGAUAGUGAGUGGUGGCUGAGAAGGAGGAGGAGGAGGAGGAGAGAGAGAGAGAUAGGAAGAGAGAGAGAAAGAGAGAGAGAGGACAACACUUGCAAGCAGACACCCACACACAAUUUCUUCACCAGACACCCACACGCACUUUCUCACAUACGCUGCGUUCACAUCGGAGCACCUGCUUUGCUGCCACUCCACGACGAUCUGCUCGUGCCGAAGAUGCCGUCCUGUGGCUGGCUGUUGGCUCUGUCUCUGGCUGCACUGACAGGAAUCGCCGUCGGUGCUGAGGGAACAGAGAGGAACUGCUCUCUGUCCCCACCGUACCUCCCCAGCACGGCAGUAAAUACCACUCUCCGGCUGCAGGAGUUACGAGAGCGAAUGCGUCCCCUGAAUAUCUCUGCCUACAUUAUCCCUGGCACCGACGCUCACCUGAGCGAGUAUAUUGCACCACGUGACAACAGGGUGGCCUUCAUGACCGGCUUUACAGGCUCUGCAGGCACCGCCGUGGUUACUCAGACCAAGGCCACUCUGUGGACGGACAGCCGCUACUGGGUUCAAGCUGAGAGACAGAUGGAUUGCAACUGGGAGCUGGAAAAAGACGUGUCCAUCAGCAGCGUGGCGGAGUGGCUCAUCACUGAGGUUCCACCAGGCGGCGAGAUCGGUUUUGAUCCCUUCCUCUUCUCCCUCCAAACGCAGGAGAACUACAACAUCAAUCUGGACUCAAGCAACCGCAGCCUCAAGUCCAUCCCCGCCAACCUGGUCGACCAGGUGUGGACGGAGAGACCGCCCAUCCCGCCGGAUCACCUCACGCGCCUGCCCGACAGAGUCAUACAAAGGACGUGGCAGAUGAAAGUGGACCACAUACGGAAUCAGAUGAGGGACAAUCCAUACGAACCAACAGCUCUCCUGCUAUCAGCGCUGGAUGAAACAGCCUGGCUGUUCAAUCUGCGAGGCAAUGACAUCCCAUACAAUCCCUUCUUCUACUCCUACACGCUGCUCACAAUGGACGACAUCUGGCUGUUUGUCCACACGGACAGAGUGACAGACGAGCUGAAGGAGUACCUGAACGCCUCCUGUGUCGGGUCUCUCUGCGUGCAGCUGAAAAGCUACGACACGGUCCGAGAUCAUCUGCAGAAGUACGUGGCCCAGCCUGGUGUUAAAGUGUGGAUCGGCACAGAGUACACCAACUACGCCCUUUAUGAGCUCAUUACACCAGAGGAGAAACUGAUGACGAGCUCUUACUCUCCUGUGUUGACGACUAAAGCGGUGAAAGACGAGACUGAGCAGCGGAUCUUGAGGGAUGCUCACGUGAGGGAUGCAGUCGCAGUAAUCCAGCUGCUGAUGUGGCUGGAGAAAGCAGUGCCAGAGGGGAAGGAGACGGAGCUGACGGCUGCAGAGUACGUCAAUAACUGUCGAAGCAAACAGAAAGACAGCAGAGGACCGAGCUUCGAGACGAUCUCUGCAAGUGGACCCAACGCUGCUCUCGCCCACUACAGCCCGACAGAAGAGUCGAGCCGGAGGUUGACAGUUGACGAGAUGUACCUGGUGGACUCUGGUGGCCAGUAUCUAGACGGGACCACUGACAUCACUCGGACUGUUCACUGGGGAACCCCAACAGACAUGCAACGGGAGGCCUUCACUCGAGUGCUCAUGGGAAACAUUGAGAUAUCUCGAACCAUCUUUCCCUCGGGGACGAGAGGUGCAAACAUGGAGAUGCUGGGUCGCCGGGCGCUGUGGCAGGUGGGCCUGAACUACGGCCACGGCACAGGACACGGUGUUGGAAACUACUUUGGAGUUCACGAGUGGCCAGUUGGCUUUCAGACCAACAACAUUCCCUUCAGAUCAGGCAUGUUCACAUCUAUAGAACCUGGAUAUUACAAGGAUAAUGACUUUGGGAUCCGGAUCGAGGACAUUGCCGUGAUUGUACCUGUACAAACAAAGUACGGCCACAACUACCUGACCUUUGACACUGUGUCGCUGGUUCCAUAUGACAGAAAACUGAUCGACACGUCUCUCCUCAGCUCAGAACAGCUCAAGUGGCUGGAUAAUUACUACGCGACCAUCCGGAGGCUGAUGGGUCCUGAGCUGGACAGACAGGGGCUACACGAGGAGAAGGCCUGGAUGCUCAAACACACAGAGCCCUUCUUGGAGUCUGGAUCGUCUGCGUCUGUCUGUUCCUCCUCCAUGACUCUCAUCGCUCUGGCCAUCGCUCUCCUCCAAAACAUCAUCUGAGCGUCUCCGUCUCUUUUGCACUCCAUUCACAGCAGACUUGCACACUGACGUUACUCCUAUGCAGUCCCUACUGAGCAGCUAAACCACGUUGAUGGAUGCACUGCAGAUUUAGCAUUUUUUUAAUUAAAGGAUAUAUUUGUUAAUGAUUUAAUGGGUGAAAUAUUGUAGUGUUUAAAGUUUAAAAAUGAUCUCCUGUGUGAUUUUUGAUGUUUUAGGUAGUUUUUUUUUUUUUUUUUUUUAAAUCUGGACAUUUGUAUGACCAGCUAAUAUAAUUUUUAUUUUAUUAAAGUAAGACUCUUUCAAACAGA